AUCCUCCUCUCCUCUCCUUGCACAGCAGUCCAUUCCAUCCCGUCAUUCCCAGAAAGACAAGGCCAAGAUCGCCAGCGCGCGGUUUCCAAAACGAGAAAAGGAACAGGGGCGAGAUCGAUGAGGAGUGGCCAGUCGUCGCCGGUGGAGUCAAGCGAUGGAGCAUGUCUACAUGGCGACGAUGCCACGGGCGCGAGCUCCAAUUCCAAGAAGCUGUGGCGCGGGAUGCAAGCCGUCUACCUCGUCCUUGUCAAGAAGCACCAGCCGAAGCUCGCCGCGCUCGGCGUCCACCUGCACAGCCUCCUCUCCAGCAGCAAACGCCGCGGUCACCGCCGCAGCAGACUCGCCGCGCUGGAGCGGGAGCAGAACCCCGCGCUGAUGUACCUUUCGUGCCGGUCCAUGGACCCCGCCGCCGCGGUGGUCCACCCGUACCCGCGCGGCCACGGCCACGGCCACCGCCGUGCGUCGUCGAGGCACGCGGCCCCGUCCUCGCUGUCGUGCCGGUCCAUGGACCCCGCCGCCGCCGUGUGCAGGUACCAGUACCGUCCCCGCGAGGUGGAGUUCAGCUGCAAGAGCACGCCAAUGCACAAGCGCCGGCGCGAGGAUAAGCGCCGCCGACGCCUGCAGCAGAGCCGCGCUGCCCUCGCCGACCAGGGACAAGACCAUGAUCACCCGUCGUCGGCCGCGGCGGUGACGAGGCUGUUCGCGCUCAUGGACGUCGAGGAGGUGGCCGAGGGCGAGGAGGCGGACGUCGUCGUCGGCUACGAUGACGGCGAUCUGGACCCGGACCUGGAUGCCGCGGCGACGUGGCCAGCGCUGGCGGCGGUGGGGUACGCUCCGCGGCCGGUGCGGAUCACGGACUCGCCGUACCUGGCGAGGGAGGAGGACAACGAGGGGCUGAAAAGCGCGGUGGACAGGCGCGCCGACGAGUUCAUCAUGUGGUUCCACGAGCAGCUGCGCACGCAGCAGCAGCAGCGCAGCACGCGCAACUGGAUCAGAUAAGGUAGUGACGCAGAUCGAAGCAGACCAUCGCCUCUACUAGCAGUAUUAUGAUCUUGUGAAUAGUUCAUGCAUGCAUCAAUGGCAUGGAUUACGUAUUUAGAUAAGGAAGGGUACACAUUUCUUGGAGAUGCGCACUCAUGAAACAUUUUCAUACGGUAGUAGUACUUUUAAUUUUUUUUUGACAGUUUUUGAUGUAUACGAAUUGCAGUGCUUGAUUUUUGUUACCUUGAAGGCUUGAACAUGACACUCCCUGGACUGCUAGACUUGCUACUUCA